AUGGCAGAAGAGUACCUCCACACAUUCACCGCCGGUACGGCGUCCGGUGUAGUAGGCGUGGUGCUGGAAUACCCGCUCGACACGAUCAAGGUUCGCCUGCAGGCGUACGGAUCGCGGUACAAAGGCUACAUGGACUGUGCUGUGAAGCUUGUAAGAGAAGAAGGAAUGCUUUCCUUCUAUCACGGUGUUUUAACACGUUUCGUAGGCUCAGGUUUCGAGCACGCUGUUGUCUUCUCCUUCUAUAAGUGGACCCUGCGGGAACUAGGCGCUGAUGAGUACCACCCGCUUGCCUGGCAGAUCGCCAUUGGAGGCAUUGGCGGUGGCGUUGCGUCGACAACCUUUUUAACUCCCCUGGAACUUGUCAAGUGCCACCUGCAGGUGGCGAACAUGCUGCCCGUGGAGCAGCGGCAGUACCACGGCGUCAUGGACUGUAUGGUGAAGAUUGCACGUCAAGGUGGCGUGACNGAACAUGCUGCCCGUGGAGCAGCGGCAGUACCACGGCGUCAUGGACUGUAUGGUGAAGAUUGCACGUCAAGGUGGCGUGACGGCGCUGUACAAAGGCGGUGUGGCGAUGCUUGCCCGUGA